AUGAUCAAACACUACUUGCAGGUACGCUGCCGAGAGAAAGUGUUGCCAAAUGCAGCCUCAGUACCUCAACACGAAACGGACAUGAUUAUCAACGAGCCAGGUGCACAAGGCACUGGUGCUCGCAGUGCCUCCCAAAGUGAGGACGUCAGUAUCUGCUCCGAGGGCGAGAUAAGCGACGACUCAGAUUGGGCAAGCAGCAACGCGUUUCAACAAGAACACACCACCCUGAAUUUACCCAACAGCAACGAUCCUGUAACGACUGCUGGCACGACGGAUCAAAACCAAUUUACACCGUACCGUAGUGACGAGGUCAACAAUGAUGUCGUACAAGGUGUUUCAGUAAUCCAAUACCAUCGGCUCCCGACACUCGGUGGAAUUGUUACGCCAGUUCAUCAAUCCGAGACGCAUCCAGUUGAGGUGACACGGCGACGUGCCGUUGAACACUCCAAUCAUGGCGAUGCUGCCGCUACUGAAGCAACAAAUACCUCACAAAACAAUAGUAUCGCCGAUACGGCAGGAGCGGAGGCACAUGAGACGAUGCUGUCAUUGUAUCCAGCCACUCGUGAUGCUUCUGGACCUGCUCCAUUUGUACCGUCGUUCUACGUCAACACGCUUGUGGCUUUUGCACCAUCACGUGAAAGCUGA